UCCGCAAACCCCGCCAUGGCAUUUUCCCAGUUGGGAUACCAGUAUAUCCGCCCGAUCUACCCGUCAGAUCGCCAAGGGAACGGCAGCUCCCGGAACGGGGCAGAGCUCAGCCCGUCGGGAACGCUCAGCAACGUGUUGUCCUCCAUGUACGGAGCGCCUUACGCAGCAGCCGCGGCUGCUCAGGGAUACGGGGCUUUCUUGCCUUACACCGCCGAGCUACCAAUCUUCCCGCAGCUGGGCGCUCAGUAUGAGCUGAAAGACAGCCCCGGCGUCCAGCACCCGGCGUUCCCGCAUCACCACCCGGCUUUCUACCCCUACGGGCAGUACCAGUUCGGCGACCCGUCGAGGCCCAAGAACGCCACGCGGGAGAGCACCAGCACCCUCAAGGCCUGGCUGAACGAGCAUCGCAAGAACCCCUACCCCACCAAAGGGGAGAAGAUCAUGCUAGCCAUCAUCACGAAGAUGACCCUCACGCAGGUCUCCACCUGGUUCGCCAACGCCCGUCGGAGGCUCAAGAAGGAGAACAAGAUGACCUGGGCCCCGCGGAGCCGCACCGACGAGGAGGGCAACGCCUAUGGUAGCGACCACGACGAGGACGAUGAGGGCGACAAGCGAGACCCCGACGACGAGGAGAUCGACCUGGAGAACAUCGACACCGAGAACAUGGAGAGCGGCGGCGCGCCGGGGGCUAAAGGGGCCCCGCUUCUCCUGGGAGGGGAGGAGGACGAGGAGGAGGACGAGGAAGAGGAGGAGGACGAGGAAGAGGAGGACGAGGAGCCGACGGUGCGCUCGGCGCUCCUCCACUCGGACGCCAAGACCACCGACUCCGAGGGCUCCGACGGCGGUGGCGGCGGCUUCGAGGACUCGCCCGGCGCUCCGGAGCGCUUCCUGAAGGCCCUGGAGGCCAGGCAGCGCGCCUCGUCGCGGGAGCUGGCCCAGCAGCCGCGGACGCGCCCGCCCGCUUCGCCCGCGUCUCCCCCGACGGCGCCCAGCCCCGCGUUGCAGCCGCCGCCGCCGCCGCCGCCAGCCGCCAAGCCCAAAAUCUGGUCCCUCGCAGAGACAGCCACCAGCCCGGAUAACCCGUCGUCGCGGAAAUCGCCCCCGGGGGGCUGCUCCCCGCCGGCGGCCGCGGCCACCCCGCAGAGCCUCCAGCUGGUGGCGGGGUCCCAUGCUCCUCCGGCCGCCGCCGCCGCCCCGGCCGCCGCCGCCGCCGCCCCGCACAGACUGCUCUCGGCUUGCCCGCUGGGCAAGUUCGCCAACUGGCCCAGCCGCCCGUUUUCCGCCCAGCCCCACCAUCACCACCACCACCACCAUCACCAUCCUCUGACCUUACUGAACACUCCCCACCUUCUGGGACUCGGGGGGGCCAAUCCCAGCGCGGUCCCCAACGCGGCGGCCAUCGCUGCUUUCUCCCGACCCGCGGAUCAAGCGCAGAGCGCGGAGUCCUCCGGAACAGAUCGAUGUAGUGCCUUGGAAGUAGAGAAAAAGUUAAUAAAGACAGCUUUCCAACCAGUUCAGAGGCGGCCUCAAAACCAACUUGAUGCAGCUAUGGUUCUAUCUGCGUUGUCAUCAUCAUAGUUAAUUUUUUUUUAAUUAUUGUUCUAAUGAUUGUAAAAUAAAAUUCUCUGUAUAGUUACAACUUGUACGCAUGUCCAUGUAUUAAAUGAAAAGG